AUGAGAGGAAAAGGAGAUGGUCACACAAGAUGGGACCAUACUGACAAUGAGCUCACUAACAAAACUUCAUGUGGUACUGCUGAUAUUCCAGAUUGCAUUACAAAACAAACAGGGAAGCAUAUUGUUGAUCCUAUGAUAUUUAUUAUCAAUCACUCCUUUUUAAAUGGUCCAUUUCCCAAUCUUAUAAAGGUUGCUAAGGUCACACUGCUGCACAAAAAGGGAAUCACAGACAAUAUUCACAAUUGUAGAUCUGUAGCACUGCUUAGUGGCUUCUCAAAGAUCUUUGAAAAGGUCUUUUCCAAUAGGCUACUUGAAUUUACAAGCAAGUACUCAUUACCCUACCACAUGGCUUCCAGAAAUCUAGAUCCACAGCCACGGGUACAUAAAUGCAAUUCUGAAAGCCACAUACCAAAAGAAAAUGGCUACUGGAAUAUUUAUCGAUUAUCUAAAGCAUUUGACAUUGUAGAUCAUGCUACCCUACUACACAAAACAGAAAGUAAGGGUAUCAGAGGUGUUCCAAAAGAAUGA